UUUAUCGGCGCACCAAAAAUUAUAGGGUGAACAUUUCACAACGAAAAUGACCGAGGAGGGCGGUAAGAAGCAAGUGGGUGUUGUUUUAUGGCAUGAAGGUCAUGGGUAUCCUUGAUAUCCAGAAUACACCAUGUGCUCGGGAGUCUCUUCUACAUGGAGCGGGUGGUUCACUAGUGGCAGGAUUAGUGCACUUUUUGGCAACAAGUAGAGUAAAGAGGUCCUUUGAUGUGGGUGUUGCAGGAUUCAUACUUACAACAAUGGGUUCAUGGUUUUACUGCAGAUAUAAUAAUGCCAAGCUGCGUAUUCAGCAGAGAAUCAUUCAGGACAGCAUAAAAAAUAAAGUAAUUUAUGAAGGCACAAAUUUAGACCCCACACGGAAGAAGACAGGGGAUCAAUAAAAUAAAAGAUCAUAAUAAUGCCUUUAAUGUGAAUGAUGAUUUAUUUAUUGUAUAAUUGAAUGUAUUAAAUGUUUGUAAUAAAAUUAAAUUUUUUUUAAAUAAAUCAA